GCCAAGCAUAGACUACAGAAAUCUCAGUCCGCCUUUUCCGGAACACUAUCCUAGCAUGGCUAUCGAAUCAGACGACAUCACCUGGUUCGAUGAGGAUGAUCUCCUUGGCACGGAAAUGUCCUUCCCAUCUGGUUCAGCAUGGAGAUUGGAAAGCAAAAUCUACGAACAUAGUUAUUAUGAGGAACAGUCUGAAUGUGAGGCUUUGGGGAUUCAUUCCGAGGCCCGUGGGGUGUUCUCUUGCUCCAAGGUGUCGGGGAGUGGGCCACCCACUGCAGUCAUCAAAAUUCGUCAGCAGAUUCCGUGGUGGGAAACCGCGACGAAGACGCCCCAAAUUCGUGCCAAGCAAGCUUCUUCGGAGAUUCCUAGGGCCUUCAGUUCAGAGAUCGAGGCCUUGUCCCAUCUGAUGAAGGCUGGCUGCUCCAGUACCCCUUUCUUGGCUGUCCUGGAAGAAAGACCAACAGACAAUUGAUGAAUGGGUCCCGGGAGGGUACAAGCUGAGUAUUCUGAUGGAGAAGCUACCGGGAUCUAAUCCGG